AUGAAGAUUCCACUUCACUUUUUAAUUAUUUUGCUAUGCACCGCUCUUCCGGUGAUCGCUUGCUGGGAUCCAGAAGAGGGGACCAUUGCACGUAGGAACUACCUGCGUGAUGCUUACACGGAACUUCUGGAGGCACGCCUGAUCACGAUCUCCGAUGAGCUUGAAGGGCUCUAUAGUAGAACUGGACGAUUAGCCAGGCUCAACAAUAGCGAUAGGAAAGAGGCGAAGAAGUUCAUAGAUAAAGCUCAGAAAGACGGCAAGAUUGGCCUAGCCGCCACCCGAGGCUCCUCCGCCAAAACCAUUUACACAGACAAGAAAUUCCACCUUGACCGACAAUUAGGACAGGGGGCAGACGGGACUUUCAAGGUCGCUGUGCAACUCACCACUAACGGACAGAAAGGGCGCCCUAAGGGCUCAACGACUGUGGCUCAGGUGCAGAUGAAGGACUUCCCACAAGGCAAGCAGCCACCGCCCGAGCGAGUCGCCAAGGCUCUGAAGCAGUCCCUCAAAACUGGCCGGGAAAAAACUGUCCCAUUUGAAACAGCGAAGCAGAUAGCGCACAGGGAGAGACUCGAGGCUCAAAAGAAGAGAAACAAAGUGAAGAAGAACGGAAAGCAAUACAAGUUCAGACGCUAA